AUGAGUUCGACCUCGGAUUCCGCACCUCGCCGCCCGCUUCCAAGCACGGUCGCCGCGCAUCUUUCCGGAAGUGCUCAGUCGUGGCAUGGCAAAAUCACUCCUGAUGGACCGUUUCCCCCGCAAAAAGGUCGAUAUCACCUGUAUAUUGGCCUAUUUUGCCCUUUCGCUCACAGGGUGAACCUGGUGCGGCACCUCAAGGGUCUUACCGAAUUGAUUGACGUCUCCGUGGUUAAACCGUACCCGAAGGGCGACGAGACGGGCUGGCCGGGCUGGCAGUUCCCCAAGACGAACGACGAGUAUGCCGGGGCCACGGUGGACCGGCUCUUUGGCAGCAAAUGCAUGCAUGAGGUCUAUUUCAAAGCGGAUCCGGAGUACAAAGGCCGGUACAGCGUUCCUGUUCUCUGGGAUCGCGAGACCGGGACGAUUGUCAACAAUGAGAGCGCAGAGCUGCUCAGAGAUUUGCAGACGGCCUUCAAUCCGCUCUUGCCUGCCGAGGACGCGCGAGUGACACUCUAUCCCGAGCACCUGAGACAACAGAUCGACGAGGUCAGUGAGUGGAUGCAACGGGAACUUAACACGGGCGUGUACAAGGCUGGGUUUGCACAUUCACAAGAAGCGUAUGACAAGAACGUCCUGCCUGUGUUCGCGGCGCUGAAUAAACUGGAGAAGAUGGUGGCAGAGAACGGUGGGCCGUACAUUCUGGGCGAUUGCUUGACGGAACUAGACAUCAGAGCCUACGCGACGCUGAUCCGGUUCGAUACCGUGUACGUUCAGCAUUUCAAGUGUAAUCUAGGCACGGUUCGGCACGAUUAUCCACAGCUGAACAACUACUUGAAGCAUCUGUACUGGAACGUCGAGGGAUUCCAGGAAACGACCGACCUCAAGCAUAUCAAGGAGAAUUAUACCAAGAGCCAUCACGACAUCAAUCCCCAGGCAAUCACUCCGAGAGGCCCCUAUCCGGAUGUCGAGGAAGGGUAUGAGCCUGAUUUGAGCAGAGUGCCGGUCGGCGGUGUCGCAAUGCCAGAAGUGCUGGAGUUGGAAAAGCAACUGCAUCACUGA